GCCCGGCUCAGAGAGCAGCCAGGGAGCAGUUGAGAGGCAGCAGCCCUGAAGCCCUGCUGGGCAGAAAACACGUGCACAUGCAGACAGAGCGGUACCUGGAGGAGCUGAGCGAGGUCCUUGUGUCUGAGAACGCGGAGUGUCAGACUGACGCUUUCCUGGACAGACCGGCGUCUCCGCUCUUCGUCCCCGCCAAAUCCGGCAAAGACGUGGCGACUCAGAUCGAGCAGGGAGACCUGUUUGACUUCGACGUGGAGGUGCAGCCCGUCCUGGAGGUCUUGGUGGGGAAGGUCAUGGAGCAGUCUCUGCUGGAGGUGAUGGAGGAGGAGGAGCUGGCCAGUCUGAAGGCCCAGCAGAGGACCUUCGAAGAGCUGCGAAACAGCCGACUGGCGGAGGUGCAGCGGCUGCAGGAGCAGGAGAGACGCCACAGCCAGGAGAGAGAACGUAGGAUAGCCCAGCAGAAAGAAGUGCUGAGGAAAGAAAAGGAGACGGCGGAGAAGAUCGCUGCUCGGGCGAUCACCCAGCAGUACCUGGCCGGCCUGCAGCCCGCGGUCUUCAGCUCCCUCAGAGGUCACGGCUUCUUCUACGACCCCGUGGAGAGAGAUGUUGAGACUAAUUUCUUGCCGUGGCUCAUGGCUGAGGUGAACGACACUCUGAGGAAGAGAUCUACAGCGAGGCAGACGCUGGACAAUCUCAUACAAGACGUCUGCAGGAAAAGAGUGGAGGCCUUCAUGGAGCUGGAGGCACAGCAACACACAGACGACACAUAAACACUCCAAAAUGAUGACAACUUUAGCUUCAGUGUGUAUUGUAUGGGAACGCAUCAGUGUGUGGACGUGAGGCAUGAAGCUGGUUUUGUUUUUUUAAACGGACCAUCUCUGAGCUGAAAGAAAAACCACGUGAUUGUAAUAAA